AUGAAGCUCGCCACCAUCGUGCUCGGCAUCGCCGCUGCGGCGGUUGCUGCUCCGAUUGAGCCUGACAACAAGCUUGACCGACGUGAAGCUUCCCCCCUCGGCACUGAGGUUCUAGGUGCCGUAGUACCAGCAGUAGCGGGGAUAGCAGGGGGGUUAGGAGGCGGCGGUGCAAAGGUCCGCCGUGAGGAGAGCCUGGACUCAGCAGUGGCCACGGACGCCGCCACCCUCCAGGAACGUCAGCUUCCAGUGUCGGGCGAUGUUGUAGAUAAGUUGCUGAAAGUGGUCAAGCAGACAGGCCUGAAGCGGGACGAGAGUAUUGUAUCGAAGGAAGAUGGCACUAUCUAG